CUCUGGUUAUGUGUAAAUCUCGGCGGUAGGUUGCCUAGGUCUGGAGUUUGUAACAGUCACUCGUUACGAAAUGUAACCGGAUAAUCCCAACUAAAAGUCUGAUUUUAUAACUAACCAAACACCUAGGUGAGUGCGGAAGAAUGGCGGGUCUAAUUUUCACUUUUCUCAUUUUCUCGAGUUUACACAUAGCCCAUCUGAACCCUGUAUUUUCACCCGAAGAUGAGUUUCAUUUUAAAACGUGGAUGACCGAGAAUGGGAAGACUUAUGAACUGCCUGAAUACUACCACCGGCUGAACAUCUUCACCCAAAACAGCAGGAGGAUCUUGGAACACAAUGAAGACAGACACGGAUUCACUAUGGGGCUGAAUCAGUUCUCAGACUUGACCUUUGCUGAGUUCAAAAAGGCCUUCCUUCUUCAUGAACCUCAGAACUGCUCAGCCACCACAGGCAGCCGCCUUCGCCAGGCGGGGCCCUACCCAGAAUUUGUGGACUGGAGGGCCAGAGGAAAUUAUGUGACUCCUGUGAAAUCCCAGGGUCACUGUGGGAGCUGUUGGACUUUCUCCACCACUGGCUGCCUGGAGUCAGUCACAGCCAUUGCCACAGGGAAACUCUUGGAGCUGUCAGAACAGCAGCUGAUAGAUUGUGCCCAGGACUUCAACAAUCAUGGCUGCUUUGGAGGACUACCCAGCCAGGCCUUUGAGUAUAUCAAGUACAGGGGUUGCCUCAUGACAGAAGAUGGAUACCCAUACAGAGGAAACGACAGCACCUGUAACUUCCAGCCAGGACUGGCUGCAGCAUUUGUGAAAGAUGUUGUCAACAUAACCAGAGAGGUGACACCACCUCAGUACCCCGACCUAACAGAGCCUAAUGGAACUUCCAAACCUGUACGGCAGUCAGUUCGAAACAGACCGGCUCCAAAACGUCUGAGUAAUGACGUCUGCACCAGUGUAAACCCAAAGCGUGGUACCAAAAGAACGAAGGAUAAGCUUAAAGAGAUGGAGGAUUCGAUGAAACUUGAAAAUUCUGACCGUGAUCCUAAAGAAAACGAACAAAUCGGUCUAUCUGAGUAUGAGUUAGAACGGCUUGAGAACAUACGACACAACCAGGCCUUCCUCUCAUCCCUGAAUCUACCUCAGGUAGCUGAGUUGCUGAGUACAAAGAAGAAGCCAUCUCAGUUAGGCCUAAAGAGGGAGAAGGUUGUGAAAGAAGUCCUUCCUGCAAGGAAAUCACUACGUCUACAGAACAAAGAUGCAGAACCCACGGCCAUGCCGAACCUCCCAGCUGAGCUUAAGCAGCAGGAGGUAGAGGAGCAUAGUCUGGAGGGGCCGGUCCCAAUGUGCCCACUGAACUUGGAGGAGGAUGGCCGACUCCCUGAGAGUCUGAUCCAUCUGUGGACUGAGCAACCUGUGUACAAUGGGAAGAAAGUGGACCUGAAGAUGUACAAGGAGGGCCUGCAGAAGAUGUGUGUCGAUGAGGAGCGAGUGGUGAAGGUGGUUAAGGGCCGGAUCUUCUCAGCAGCCUUCCACCCCUGUGCCAGCAGUCUACUCAUGGCCGCCGGAGACUGGGGGGGCCGAGUGGGCCUCUGGAACCUGGAGGCUAACUGGGGCGACAAUGGAGUCCUGCUUUUCAAACCUCACACUAGGCCGGUCACAUACAUGGCUUUCUCCAGGUCACAACCUUCGACCCUGAUCACCACCAGUUACGAUGGCGCAGCGCGAGCAGGAGACAUAGAACGAGCCAUGUUUGAAGAGCUAUACUGCUCUGAUAAGGGGCUGAAAGGCUUUGACUUCCUGUCACAUGACUGCACCACUCUGCUCAUAGGAGACGCACAGGGAGAUGUUGCCAUUGUCGACACACGGACUCCAGGGACAUCACACGAAUCUCUCCAUACGCUGGACCCAAAGACUUUGCGCAGUGUCCAUGUCCACCCUGUGCAGAAGCAGUAUUUUGUGGUAGCUGUGAACAGUGGAGUUCACAUCUAUGACGUGCGGAGCCUGAAGAAGCGGUCCACCCAGCCCGUGUCAGAGCUGUAUGGUCACACGCGCAGCGUGUCCUACGCCUAUUUCUCUCCUGACACAGGAAACAGAGUACUCACCACCAGCUGGGACGACAAACUGAGGGUGUUUGACACGUCACAGGUGGUCUCCUCUGCUCCGCUGAUGACCUCCAUUAGGCACUGCACGCAGACGGGCCGCUGGCUGUCCAAGCUGCAGGCGGUGUGGGACCCCAGGCAGGAGGACUGCUUCGUGGUGGGCAGCCUGCAGCAGCCGCCGCGCAGGAUAGAGGUGUUCCACGAGAGCGGCCAGCUGGCCCACACGUUCGACAGCCUAGAUCACCUGACCACGGUGUGCUCCGUCACAGCCUUUCACCCCAGCAGAGCGGCGCUACUGGGGGGGAACGCCAGUGGCAGGCUUCAUGUCUUCACCUAGGGGGACCCCCACCCUAUCGUCACUAUAGAACCGACACCACCCCUUGUUCUCCGUUGUUCUUUGGUUGGUGUGGUUUGAUUUCAGGCCAUUUGCAUCAUUGUCAAUUUCAUCAAAUAAGUUGUUCUACACAUCAAAAACUUGUUCAUAUUUUUUUAUGUUUUAUUGCUUUGUUAUUGCUGAAACAAAAUAAACUGUUAAGUUAAA